AUGAGUUCAGCUUAUCGCAGGCGUGUCGUACUCGAAUCAUCGGAGGAAUCCGAUGCCGGCGAAAAGAGCGAGAACGAUCACUCAAAAUCUGGAUCUCCAGAAGGCGGAGCUGAGCAGAACAUAUCGGAAAUAUCUGAUAUUUACAAGACGCCAGAAGAGUCAAUUAUAGCAGAUUCAGUGCUUUUGAACAACUCGGGAGUCAAUGCAGGAAUGGAUAUUGAAGAAUGUUCGCCGCCUAUCUCAAACCACUCGGGAAGUUUCGCUACAUCGACUCCAAAUUCAAAAUCACGAGCUUCAUUCAAAGUCGAUUCGUCAUAUGCGAGUUCAAAGAGUUCCCCACAAAACCAUGACCAUGACCGCAGUCUCGUCGAAAAUGAUGAAAACAAGCCAUUGACACCAAUCUCCAAAAAACUAAUCGAAUCAAAUGAUCCGAGAUCGAAGGCAAAACUUCGUGAACGUCUUUUAAGAAAGUCACUGAAAUCCAAAAAUCAGAGUUCUGAGAACUUGGAAAAGUCGGAAUCCGUGGGAAAAGUAGGAGGGUGGGGAUCGUCGCUUGGAGAAGGUUCAAGUGAAUCGACCGAUCUUUUCAACUCGGUUCUCUCUCCAAUCAACAAAGUUUCCACUAGCAAAUUGGAUUUUGAUGCAGAGACUUUCAUGAACAUUCCGCCUAUAGCCACAUCCACACAGAUCAAUCAUAUCGAUGAGACUGAAAAUGUUAUGGAAACGAUUGUUGAUAACCAAGGUAACAAGUCGGAAUCGUUGUUCGGAACACCAACACGUGUAAAACAGGACGAAAGUGAUAUGGAGACUCUACUAAAACUGCCUCCCCCGUUGAAGAAUACCGAAAUUUUAGCCAACUCUGAUGACAGUGAUAUCAUGAUUGUUUCUUCACCUCCUUCACAACAAAGACAAAAUCCACAAUUCAAUAUACAGUUUGAACAAGAAGAUUAUACAAAGUUGUCGUUCAAGGAUCUUCUUGCGAAGAAAAAUCACGUUAUGGGAUUGAUUUCACUUGCGGAGAGUUUGCCGGACAAAGGUGCAGCUGUUCUACGAAAAUUCAAUGAAAUAGACGACGAAAUAGAAAGAAGAAAAGACUUUGGCUUGGAUAUCAGAGAACCAUCUGACGACGAUGAUGAGGAUAUCAUCGUGUUGAGCGAUGAUGAGCCAACGUCUAGCCGUCAACCAUCGUUCCCCGUAGGCCGAGUUGCACCGAAGCCACCUCCAAGAAGGAUUGAUCCUCUGAACGUACCUAAGCCAGAUUUUAACGCAAUGCUGGACAAAAACAACAAGAAAUUGAUGGCUGGCAAAAUGACAGACGAGAAGUACCGUCGUGUUCAACUGAUUUCGGAUCGAGUAGUUCAGCAGCUAGCUGAGUUAGUUCCCUUUCCAAAUCGGUUGCUUAUUCGUUUUUUUUACAGAGCUACUCACACAAUACCUGGCGAAACGGAUCUAACUGAGACACCGAAAGGAUUCAAAAUCGACCUGAUGCCCCAUCAGAAAGCUGGCCUCACAUGGAUGUUGUGGAGAGAAUCGCAGCCGCAACCUGGUGGAAUUCUGGCUGAUGACAUGGGUCUUGGAAAAACAUUGUCUAUGAUUUCGCUGAUCGCUCAUCAAAAACAAGCUCGCAUUGCUCGUAAAGAUGCAGGAGAUGAUGAACGUGAUAAAGAAGAACGAAAAGUGGUGAAAGAACAAGGACUCACCGCCUCGAACAGCACACUGAUUGUGGCACCGGCAAGUCUUAUCCACCAGUGGGAAGCUGAAAUAACGCGGAGACUCAAGGAUGACGCUCUGUCAGUUUAUAUGUUCCAUGGAACUAAGAAACAGAGAAAUAUUGAUGCUAGGCGUCUUGCUCGUUACGAUGUUGUAAUUACCACUUACACUCUCCUCGCGAACGAACUUAUCGAAAAAAUCAAGACGAAAUCUAAAGCCGAUAGUUCGUCCGAUGACGAUAUGGAUAAUUCGAAAAGUGGAAUCAGAAGAGCUGUUGGAAAAGAUGACUCAGUUCUAGCUCAAAUCUGUUGGGCGCGAGUUAUUCUAGACGAAGCACAUGCCAUCAAAAAUCGUCUCUCCCUUGCUUCAAAAGCCGUAUGUCGGCUGUCUGCAUUCUCUCGUUGGUGUCUUUCUGGAACGCCAAUCCACAACAAUCUCUGGGAUCUCUACAGUCUUAUUCGGUUCUUGCGUGUUCCACCGUUUAGUGAUGACACGUAUUGGAAAGAAUCGAUCAUGCCUAUGAAGGCAAUCAUGGCGGAUCGUGUGAAUUUGCUCACUAAAAACCUACUUCUGCGUCGAACGAAGGAACAGACGUGUGCGGUUACCAACAAGAAGCUUGUUGAGUUGCCACAGAAGAUUGUGAAAAUACACGAGUUGGAACUUGGAGGUGCUGAGGCACAGGCGUAUGAUAUCAUGAUGGCAGCUGGAAAAAAAUUCGUCAAAAAACUCCUUGAGAAUAGCGACGAUAUGAGAAACCACGGAUUCGUUCGUCGUCGUAAACGAAAUGAUGAGGAUGAUGUUCAAAAUCCAUUUAAUUUUGGACCAAGGAAUCUAGAUUCUCGCUCCAAUUUCGAAAAGAUGUCGUAUGUUCUUCUUCUCCUCCUACGCCUCCGACAAGCAUGCGUUCAUUUUCACAUCACUAAAUCUGCGAUGGACAUGGAUGCGUUCGAACUAAUCGGCGGGGAUGAAGAUAGUGCGGAUAUAGAUGAUCUCAGCGAUAUGAUGGAUAAAACUAUGAGGAUGCUAGAAGAUGAUGAUGAGGAUGAUGAGCAGGCACGAGUGCAAAAUCCAUCUCGAAUUUUCGAGCCAGACUAUCUCAGCUGUAAAAUGAAAGCCACACUGGAAAUUCUCAACGAGGCGACAGAGAAGAAUGAGAAAGUUGUCGUCGUUUCACAAUGGACUUCAGUUCUCGAUUUGAUCAAAAAACAUGUUAAAGAAAAUGGUAUUCGUUACACAUCAAUCACUGGUCAAGUUCUAGUCAAGGAUCGACAGGAAAGAGUCGACAGCUUCAAUCAAGAGAAAGGUGGUGCCAACGUCAUGUUGUUAUCUCUCACUGCUGGCGGUGUUGGACUGAAUUUAUGUGGUGGCAACCAUCUAAUCAUGGUUGAUUUGCAUUGGAAUCCCGCACUAGAACAACAAGCUUUUGACAGAAUUUAUCGAAUGGGACAGAAGAAACCAGUCUUUAUUCACAGAUUAGUCACUAAUAACACGAUUGAACAACGAGUCGCAGAAUUACAAAAAUCAAAACUCCAACUUGCCUCGUCGAUUCUCGAUGGAACUGCUACGCGAAAGAUGAACAAGUUGACAACAUCUGACAUCAAAAUGCUUUUCGAUUUGUGA